AAAAAAAAAAAAAAAGCAAACAACCCCUUCUUUCACCAAAUCAUGAAAUGUGAGAGAAACCAAACCCGUCGAUUAGCCAGGGGGAGAUGUGGUCUGUGUGUUGUCUACACGGCUGGGAGAAAGUGUGGCUCUUACUCGCCUUCGAUUGAUUUGGUAGCAGACAUCAAAACAGAAUCACUAAAUUAAUUCUCUUUAAGUUCAUAUGUGAUUUUCUUAUACUUCAGACUUUAAUUCUAAAUUGGUAUUUGUUGUUGUUAUAUAAGUUGAAUCUUAAUUGGCUGACUUCACUUAAACUGGAAUCUAAUUAUUUCAUAAUCUGUAGUUAGCUCUAAACACUUUUGGACUAGAACCUUGUCUUGUGCUGUAUUUGUUUGCUAUUGCUACCAUCCUAUAUCAAAAUAUGAGAGAAAUCCGCAUGCCCUACUCAAAAUAGUCACUUUGAAUCUCUGUAGCUUGCUUUAAUAAAAUUGUUUAUUUGAUUGGAAUGUGUCUUUUUUUCGGAAGGAAGUAAUCAGAGGAAUCCAAAUUCUUUGACUUUAUUAUACAUGAAUUUUUGUGUAUUGAGUUAUUUCUUUUUUGCAAGAUGAAAUUUAUUAGCCAAAUGCUUGUGUAAGCAAUUGAUGAUGAUUGCAAUCAGACAGAGUAAAUGGUGGCUGAGCUUCUUGGUUGGCCACAAGGAACCUUUGCUUCAAAGAAGAUGAAUAAUAAUCUGAUAGUCACUAUAUUGCUCUUCAAUUACAUCAUUCUCUUUUCUACUGUUAUCAACAAACAUUCCCUUGUUAAUGGAGCUAAUUGUUGGUUAGUAUUAAUUUAUGGUCCUAAGAGGAUUGCCUGAUACAUCUAGAUAGUCAGGGUACCAUGCUCUUAGUUUAAUAUGGGUGAUAGCCAUUUGGUUGCUAGUAUAAAAAAGGGUGGUUUCAUGAAAAUUCUUAGCGAUGGAUUUCAUUUAAAAUAUGCUGUCUCAUUUGUAUUACAAAAUGUCAUGUUUGUACUAUUCUCUGGAAGGAUCUGUUGAGUUGAGUUCUAUAUGCUAAAUGUUAAUUUAAAUAGCAAUUAAGGGAUGCUAGGUAAGGUAAUUUGCUAGGAAGCAGAAAGGAUGUAUAAAGCCAGCAGUUGUGGUUAUGGGUACCUGUGGUUGAAGCUUAAUGCAGGGUUUAGUUCUCUUCACCUCUUUUUUCAUUCUUCUUCAUUAUGCUUGUAGGCUUGUAUUUGGGACUUUACAAUUAUGAGUCCAUCCUUCCCAUUUGGGUUUAUUUCCUUUUUAUCUCCAACUUGUUGGUAUUUUCUGCAUUAUACUUCAAGAAGUGUGUUCCUGAGAAAGGUGUUACUUUUAGACAAUCGUAUGCUUUCAUAGCCCUUCCCAUAUUUUUGUCUACUAAAAUAUUUCUCAUGAUUUUGUUUUGAGUUAGCAAAGAAUGUAGAUGAGUCACUGAUGACGUGGAACUGGAAAUAAAGUAUUGUGAGAGGUAAGUUCCUUAUUACGUAAUAUAGCUGUCUGUAUGCAAUACAUUUAGUUAUGAUAUGUUCUGCCAUUAAACUAGGAAGUAAUAAGCAUUUUAACUUCUGCUCGUCUUUUUAAUAAAAAUUCUGAGUUUUA